AUGUUGGAAAUUAAUGAGGCUUUUAAUACGCUAAAAAAAUUAUACGGAAUGGAAAGCCCUGAUGAAGAGGAAAAAGACACCUGUGAUAAUCAUGGCUGCCACAACAAGUUUUCUAUAAGCAGUUCGAGAAAAAAAAUAUAUUCAACCCACGGUGAGAAUGUGCAGAAAACUUCAACAAUACUCAGUCAUUUAAAUGUAAUAUAUGCCAGAGUCGCUGUUCGAAUGAUAUCAAAAAAGAAAGUAAAAAUUGCUGUCAGUGUCAGCAAAAAAUUAGUAAAAAAGUUUAUGGGUUUACCGAUAGGCAGGAAAUAUUUUGUUCCGAACAGUGCCGUAGUGCUUGAAAUGCAGCAUUUAAAUGAAGAAAAGCAAGAGAUUUAUAAUCAAGUCAAUAAUUCACCCAACGAACAAUUUCAAACUAUCUACGACCAAGCCCGAGCAAUGAUAAAUAAAAAGAGAAGCGAAGGAAAAGAAAGUGGGGGCUCCGAAACCCCCUCUUCACCACUUAAUGAUAGAGGGAAUGGAGAAAAUCCAUCAACUAACGAAAAUGAUAACCAUUCUAACUCUCCCCCACCCAACGACCCGUCAAUUACUAACUCUGAUAAGGACUUCCAACAAAUAGCCAAUGCUCCCCUUCCGACUGCUAAAAAAAAAUUAGACUCUUUGACUAGCAGUGAGGAAAUAGCUUCCUUUGCGAAAGAGUUAGAAAAGGAAUUGAAAAAGAAAGAACAAGAAAUUAAAACAACCCCUACUGACAACAAUACGUCCAAAACUGGUCUAAUUAUUGGUGUUAUAGUAGGAGGAGUUUUUUUGCUCGAGGAAGAAUUACGGAUUAAAGGCGGCCAUUAUGUCAAAAACCGUUUAUUAGAUAAAUUUCGCUGCUUGCCUUUGGAAGAAAAACGAGCCCGCCAAAAAGAAAUUAGCACUUUGGUAGAAUUAGAUUCUAAUGGCAUUGGUCGUUAUUGGGAACACAUGCCUAAUCAUAUUUAUCAUAGUGCUCUGACUAUUAUUCUGUUGCUCAAGAUUAAUUAUUUACGGGGCAAAAAUGGCACCGGAAAAAGCACUAUUUUUUAUCUCUUAUUGGGAGUGCUAGUUCCCCAGUCUGGACAAGAAGGUUCAACGGGACAAAAACAAUUAGCCAAUAUUAAUAGCAUUUUGGAGCAGAAAAAACCAGCCUCUCUCUGGCUCUUUGACGAAGCAGACAAUGCCUUGGAUGAAAAUAACCAACAACAGUUUCAAGAAAAAAUUAAAGAAUUAAGCAAGCAUAAAAUGGCCGAGUUAGAAAAUAGAUUAGCUGGUCAGUAUCAUGGGGGGAGCCAAAGAAAAGAAGCCUUAGAAUAUAGAAUUAAUAAAAUUGAUGAGUUGAUUACUAUUUAUCAAACCACGCUUUCUCCCCUCGAUUUAUCCGCCGCCGAGCAAAUUCUUAACCAGCAAAUAGGGUGGGAGGAACAAAAAAGCAAGAUUUUACAUAUAGGACCACCUGGAGUAGGAAAAACUACUUGGGCUCGAAUGUUAGCCCAAGCAUGCCAACGCGAAUUCUUUUUGGUAGCGCUAGGAGGAUUGUCGGACACUUCGGUUUUGGUAGGAACUAGCGAGAGUUCUUCGGGAACCGAAAUCGGACAAUUAGCCCGUGCCCUCAUAGAAACAAAAUCCCCCCACCCUUUAAUUUUAUUAGAUGAAAUUGACAAAACUGGCUCCUCUUUUAAAAAUGCUAUUCAAGACUGUUUAGUAAAUGUUUUAGACCCUACUCAAAAUAAAGAAAUAUUAGAUUAUUAUCUGGAAGUUAAAUUAGAUUUUUCCCAAACGACUUUUGUGAUUACGGCGAAUGACUUGAAAAAAAUUCCGAACUAUUUGCGUUCUCGUAUGCUAAUUAUCGAACUGCCAGGAUACAAUAACGAGCAAAAAAAAGAGAUUGCCCAGAAAAUUAUAAAAACUCGCUUUACUCAGAACGGAGGGCUCGGUCAAGAUAAAUUAGAGAUUACUCCGGAGGCAUUAACAACUUUAAUUAAUAAAACCCGUGAAAAAGGAGUUCGCCAAUUAGAAAAGGGAUUAAAUAGCCUUUUUGAGUAUUGCGAAGGAAAAUGGAUAAAAGAGAUAGGGCGCGGAGAAACCGAAAGCCAAAUUACCAUUACUCCGAACUUAGUUAACCAAAUUAUCCCUCACCCUUUUCCUAAUAUUGAUGAAGAAGAUGGUCCAACCAGGCACCCCGAGCAGAAAAAUUACCACGAGCAGCUAGAAACUUUACGGAAAGAGUUAAAAUUACUCCAGGGAGAAAAAGAUAACAAGCAAAGUGGAUUAAAAUUGGCUAAAUUACAUGCCUUACCUAGUUGGGAAGAAAUUGAAAUUAUUGAAAAAGAGAUUUUAUUAUUGGCCGAAUCUAAGCCUUCUCCACCUAAAGAAACAAAAAAAUUACCAUCCAAUAAAUUAGUAGAAUUAGAGGAAAAAUUGCGUAAUUUACAGCAACUUUCCGACUGGGAAAUACAAAAACUAAAAACCGCCAUCCAAGAUUUAUUAAAAGAGAAAAGCAAAUCCCCGUGGAAUAUCAAAAAUAAUCCGUGGUUUAUUUUAUUUGCUGCCAGUUUAUUAAUUGGAGGAGUUUACAGUUUAAAAAAUCGGCAUUCUGGUUCUAUUAGGAAUAAUCCUAAUAUCCAAUACUUACCCAGUGAAGAAGAAGCCCAACAAAAAAUCAAUCAACUAAAAACUGCUAAAAACCUUGACGACCAACAGGCCACCAUUGAAUUCCUGACUUCUUAUGUUCCCGAAAUUAAAUGUGAAGCCAUUCAUGAUGAGUUAGGAAAACAAUUAGCAAUUACUAAUCAUCAGAAAUAUGAGUCACAGAAAACGG